AUGGUCAACGCCAGAGCGCAUGGACACGCGGGCCAUGCGCGGCUGCACAAGCGCGGUCACUCGGCCUCGUCCUCGCUGGCGAGCCCGCUGAGUCCCGUGGCCGACGGCGCCGCCCUCAGCUUCCACCGCCCAGACGUGUCUACGUUCACGACGACCGUCGAGGAGGCCUGGACCGAGCUGCCGCGCCACACGACGGCCGCUGCAUCCUCGCACCCGCUCAAGAUCAAGCCGUACCUGCGCAAGCUGGCGUCCAAGGACAGCAACGCCCUGGACCUGUCGCGCCCCGCCGCAGAGAACGAGAGCCUGGCCGGCCUCGACAUCGCCCACGACUACAGCGGCCUCUACUCGCGCUCCAUAUCAGACGUCACCUUCACCCCCGUCAACGGCCGCCAUCGACACACGCGCUCCACCUCCAACACAUCGCAGUUCUCGACCUCGUCCAGCGGCCUGACGCGGCCCACGCCCAUGCCGGCCAUCCGCCAGACCCCGCAGCCCUCGACCCACCUGCCGCCCGUGUCCAAGUCGUCGCCGUCGUCGAUUUUGGGCGUCGAGCGUGCGUGCGAUGACAUCAUGUCUGACGACGAGUUCCGCCUGCGACAGAACGCGUAUGAGCCCGGGCGGCGAUCUGGUUCCAUCUCCUCGGUGCCUGGUAUAUCCCUGCGCAUCCACACCAACAACUCGACCACACGGCUCGCCAACAACUACUCCCAGUCCACCAUAUCCCUGACCUCGCCCGUGGCCCAGGCGCGCUCACGGGGCGACACGCUCAAAUCCAUCGACACCACCACCUCACCCAGCUCGCGCACCUCGUUCGACCAGGGCCUGCGCUUCAUCCGCGGCGGCCGCGACUCGCCCAUUGACGCCGCCUCGCGCGCCGCCUCGAUCCGCGCCGCACGGGCAAAGUUCGAGGAGGAGGAGCUGGCCAAAGAGCGCCGGUACGAGAAGGAAGCCAGCAAGCAGGCCGAGCGGGACCGCCGCAGGCAGGCAAAGCGAGACGAGCACCAGCGGCGCAAGUCCGAAGUCACCGACCGAGCCGAGUACAAGCGCUCUCGCAGCACCUCGGACACGCAGAACGAAAAAGCACCGCGGCCGUCCGUGGGCGGGCGCCAGUACUCGGACCACCGUGAAGCGCACGUCAACUCGCUGCCCAAGCACGUGAGCACCGUCGACCUGGAGAAGGCGGGCGUGACGCCUGAGGUGACGACGAAGCGGGCAGCCAAGGGCCGGUGGCUGAGCUUUGUGACGUGGUUCAAGACGCGGCUGCUGCGCAUGUCGAGGAAGGUGUCGACGUGA